AUGCUCCUUGUGGAGUCCCUUGACUCCAUGUCGGUGAACCAGCCGAGCACGUUCUCUCAGAGGCCGCGAGCAAAGUGUCACGCGGCGGCGUCAACACUAUUCUCGUAUGUCGCAUCACUGCCGGUUGCGCCCUCCGCGGUUGUAGCCUCGGCCAACCAGCUGGCUGUGAAGGGUCCGGUGUGGGUGGAGGCGAGGGCCAGCUGUGCGCACAUACACGCCAUCACCACCCUGGGAGACCUGCCCUCCGCGCACGCGCUCUGCAAGCAGUGCGGGAGUGCGGCAGACAACUGGGUGUGUCUGUCGUGUGGCGAGGUGGCGUGCGGGCGGUCAGAGGGCGCUCAUAUGGUGAAGCACUUCCACGCCACAGGCCACCCUGUGGCUGCUGGCUUCAGGGAUUCGUCUGUGUGGUGUUUCCAGUGCGACUCCUACCUGGACGCCUUGAGAAUACCAUCCCUCCGCCCUCUCUUCCACUCCCUCUAUCGCUCCAAGUCUGGUCAAUACUCCGACCUGCCCCUGCACUCGCACGCCCAUUCACCCACCUCCGCCUCAGCCUCGGCCACAGCAUCUCUAAGUUAG